GAAAUGACGCAAUCUAUGAGUUGACAAAGAACAAAGGCCAGGAACUCCGGGUUGAGCUACAAAGAUUUAAUGGUGACAAAGUAUUCGCCCAGUACUCCACAUUUUAUGUUGGGAACGAAGACAGUAAAUACGUACUUCCAGUGUCGGGGUAUUCAGGAACCGCAGGUGACAGUUUGGAUUAUCACAGUGGAAUGCAAUUUAGUACAAAGGAUCAGGACAACGACAAAUGGAGUACUGUUAACUGUGCUGAAAAGCGACGCGGAGCCUGGUGGUACAACAAUUGUACCACCUCAAACCUUAACGGAGAGUACGGACAGUCUGGUGUGACUGGUAAAAGCUACCCGGUAUGGUAUGACUGGAAAGGAAAAGGAAGCAUUAAAACAGACUGUGAUGAUGAUUAGACACAAAAACUAGAAAUCAUUUAUUACCAGAUCUCACAUUACAUUACCAAUCCGAUUUAUUUUAUUUUUGUGAAACGAAUAGCAAUGAUAUGUUGUUUUUGUAUUUAAGUACAGAUUCUUUAGACAAUUAAAGUAAGUUCCUUCUUCUUAAAUAUUCACACCAUUUAAUUAGAUUUUUAACAAUCAUAUUUUCUUUCUAUAAACGCAUAAAUGUUUUUUAUAAUCAAGAUUACAG